GUUUUGUCCAAUCACCCACGGCGGUAACUAACCAUCAUGCCACAACGCGGCGGAACCUAACGCCGAUACCGCCAGAUUGGGGUCCAACAUCAAAUAUUGGCCGCCAAGCUGCCUCGGCUGCAACCCAUUCAGAGGACGGGAGCGCCCCUAAGGCAUUCAGCCUUCAGCUCAGUAGUGCUUACUUUCCCAUUUUCUCGUGCCAACGUUUCCCCGGAUCUGUUCACGAGCUACUGCGGCUCCUGUCCAACGGUUUCUAGACCUCCUGCUUACAUAUCGACCAUCUCAAGCCGCUGCCUCUCCGCAGUGGCGCUGGCCGGUACCACCGUUGGGUUACAGUGCCUACUCCAAACGACGACCAUGACACGGCCGCGGCGUAACUCAGCUUGACGACGACGGGGUGUUGUUGCCGUAAUCAUGCUGCAAUCCCCAGUGUUUGGGCGUCCAUGGCUGAGCAACAGCACAACAGCCAGCACAACCUCACAAACCAAACACGAGUCCCAACCACCAACAAAACCAAAACCCCCCAAACCACCACCACCAUGAAGGCCAGCCUCUUCCUCUUCGCGCUCCCCCUCGCCUCGGCCUGGAAGCUGGAGCUGUGGGCCAAGGGCGGGCGCAAGACGACCAUGAGCGGCCGCCUGGACAGCGGCUGCAACGACAUCUCCUUCACGCCCGUGCUCAACGUCAACAAGGCCCGCUUCUCGCCCAAGACCGACCUCCUCCCCGACCCCAAGACCUUCGACCUGUACGUCAACAAGGGCUGCAAGGGCCUGAGCUACCGCAACGGCAAGGGCACCCACAAGCUGCCCGCCCGCAAGAUCCGCAGCUACAAGGUCUACUAAAUCAGGGGCCGGUGGCGGGCUGACGCGCCCUGCCUGGGUGUGAUGGGGUGAUGGGGAGUUGAGGGGAUG